UAGGAGGAACAGGGAGGGAUCCUGCCCGGUCCACAGCCGGAGAAGGAAGCAGUCUGAGAGGGAGAGAGAGGGACCGCAUCCCCGCACAACUCGGGCCGGACAGGAGGGGGGAGACUUCUUAACACUUUCUAAUCUUCCUUUAAUGGGGACGAGCCAUGACCUCCACAGCCAGCGAGAGGAGGGCGUUUGCGCAUAAAAUCAAUCGGACGGUUGCUGCAGAGGUCAGAAAACAAGUGUCCAGAGACUAUGGCUCUCCUCAGCUGACCAAGAAACGAGGAGGCGCACACCAGCCGUUGCCCCUGACGGAGGUGGUGGAGCCGGUGGACUUUGAGGAGUAUGUGAGCAGUCAUGCUCCCGGGGUGGAGCCCGGCCCGCUCAGACAGCUGAUGGAGUUCCCACAGGACGACCUGGAGCUCCUCCGCCUGGACAAAGAGUGCACUACACUGGAGCCGCCACUGCCUGAGGAGGACGACUCCCUGGAUCCCAGAGUGAGAGAUGCCCUGGCCGUCUACACAGAUGACUGGCUGGUCAUUCAAAGAAAAUAUCAGCGCUACAGCACCACAUACACCCCUCACAACUCUGAGCGUCAGAGGGAGAGGCGGCGAGGGCUGCUCAAACAGACCUUUGAACUGGAUGAGGCUGCUGCUGCUGAGCGCCAGGACGACCAGGAUGACGCCAAGCGGCGCUCGGUCAGCCUUGAUGAGACCCCUCGGGGCAGCUGGGCCUCCAGUAUCUUUGACCUGAAGAAUUCCUCACCGGACGCUCUGCUGCCAUCUGUGCUGGAACGGGCAGCUGCAGAGGACAUGGACCGCCGUAAUACGGAGGCCCGCCUGCAGGGGCGCCACAGUGACCUGCUGGGCCUGUACCCGCCCCCUGAUGAGGAUGAAGCGGUAGAGAGAUGCUCUGUCCCUGAAGUGCCCAAAGAACACUGUGGCCAGAGAAUCAUGGUCAAGUGUCUCUCUCUGAAGUUUGAAAUAGAAAUUGAGCCGAUAUUUGGAACACUUGCCCUGUAUGAUGUCAAGGAAAAGAAGAAGAUCUCUGAGAAUUUCUACUUCGACCUGAACUCAGAUCAGAUGAAAGGGAUGCUUAAACCCCACACACCUCACAUGGCCAUUUCCACAUUGGCCCGUUCUGCCAUCUUCUCCAUCACAUACCCUUCUGCUGAUAUCUUCUUGGUCAUUAAGCUUGAGAAAGUCCUUCAACAAGGAGACAUUGGAGAAUGCUGUGAACCCUACAUGGUCAUGAAAGAGUCAGACUCCUCUAAGCACAAGGAGAAGCUGGAGAAGCUGCGUCUGCAGGCGGAGCAGUCAUGCAGUCGUCUCGGCCGUUACAGGAUGCCUUUUGCCUGGACGGCCAUUCACCUUCUCAACAUCGUCAGCAGUGUGGGAGGUCUGGAUCGGUCCGACCCCGAUUCUGACUCUGAGCGAAAAGGUCAUGGGACAUGGAAUGAGAGGAAGAAGAAGGGGAUUGAGCGGAUGAGUAUUGGAGAUGAGAUGUGUAACUUUGCCACUUUCCGUCCAGCAACGUUGACCGUCACCAACUUCUUUAAACAGGAGGGGGACAGACUGAGCGAUGAGGACCUCUACAAGUACCUGGCAGAUAUGCGCAGACCGUCCUCUGUUCUGCGACGGCUGAGGCCUGUCACAGCCCAGUUAAAGAUCGACAUCUCUCCAGCUCCGGACUCGCCUCACUACUGUCUGUCACCAGAGCUGCUCCAUGUGAAGCCUUACCCUGACCUGCGUGUUCGCCCAACCAAAGACAUGCUGGAGUUCCCUGCUCGCUACGUAUACACGCCGCACACCACCUACAGAAACUUGCUCUAUGUUUACCCACAAAGUCUGAACUUCAGCAGUCGUCAGGGCUCAGUGAGGAACAUCGCUGUGAAGGUUCAGUUCAUGGCAGGAGAGGACCCCAGUCUAGCUUUACCGGUGAUCUUUGGGAAGUCGAGCUGUUCUGAGUUCAUGCAGGACGCCUACACUCCCAUCAUCUACCACAACAAGUCUCCUGAGUUCUAUGAGGAGAUGAAAAUGAAGAUUCCUGCCAAUCUGACAGACAACCACCAUCUGCUGUUCACCUUCUUCCACAUCAGCUGCCAGCCCAAACAGAACACUCCUCUGGAGACCCCCGUGGGCUACACCUGGAUCCCUCUGAUGCAGCACGGCCGACUGCGAACCGGCUCCUUCAGUUUGCCCGUCUCGGUGGAAAAGCCUCCACCCAGCUACUCUGUACUCACCCCUGACGUUCAGCUCCCAGGCAUGAAGUGGGUGGAUAAUCACAAAGGGGUGUUCAAUGUGGAGGUGACGGCGGCCUCCUCGGUUCAUACUCAGGACCCCCACCUGGAUAAGUUCUUCACUCUAGUGUACGUUCUGGAGGAGUACUCCUUCCCCUACCGCCUGAAGGACGUCAUCAUUACCGAGGCAAACAUGGAGGGGGAGCUGAAGGCCAGCAUGGCUGCAGUGAGAGGGGCUCUGCUGGAUACCUGCAUCAGGUUCCUGCACCAGCUGCUCAACAAGCUCAUCCAGCUCAUCGUCUACCCACCGGUCAUUGCGGGCCAAAUCGUGAACCUGGGCCGUGCCGCCUUCGAAGCUAUGGCUCUAUUGGUCAACCAGAUCCACAAGAACCUGGAGGGGAACCAGGACCAACACGGACGCAACAGCCUGCUGGCGUCCUACAUCCACUUCUGCUUCCGCCUGCCGACCGCCGAACCUACAGUACCCCCGACAGGCGCGCAGUCCUACGAUAUGCCUAUGCAAUACGCCACUCUGUCGAGAACAACGGUCCGACCCAGCAGCCUCCACCUGGCCCGCUCCAAGAGCAUCAGCAACUCCAACCCGGACUUGGCCAGCACCCCAGUUUCUCCUGAUGAAGAGGUGCAGAGGAUCAUAGGGAGCAAGGGUAUUGACCGCUCCCACUCCUGGGUAAACUCUGCUUGUGCCCCCGGGGGCUCCAGAUCUGUGCUACGUCGAAACCCCAACUCCAGCUGUGAGCUCAAGCAGGCAAACGACCGCAGCAGCAAUCGCAUGUCUGCCUUUCUGGACAGCGUGGCCUGUUUUUCAGUUCCCCCAAGGCAGAUUACCAAGAAGCUGCUCCACGAGGAGCUGGCGUUGCAGUGGGUCGUCAGCACCAGCGCGGUGAGGGAGGCGGCGCUGCAGCAGGCCUGGUUCUUCUUCCAGCUCAUGACAAAGAGCAUGUCCCAUCACUUAUUCAUGACCUCCAAAUUGGACGUUGCCAGGCGUCAGCGUUUCCCAGACCGCUUUGUGGACGACAUCGCUGCACUCGUGUGUGCCAUCAGCGCAGACAUCGCCAGUCGACACCAAAAGGAUGUGGAGCUUGUGGAGAGGCUGAAUAGCAGUCUGGGCUUCUUCCUGAAUGACCUGCUGUCUCUCAUGGACCGGGGCUUUGUGUUCAACCUCAUCCGCACCUACUACAAACAGAUUGCCAACAAGCUUCACACAGCGCAGAACCCGAGCUCCCUGAAUGCCCUGAGGGUGGACUUCACUCGUAUUGUCUGCAGCCACGAGCACUACGUCAUCCUCAACCUGCCGUGCUCCACUCUCAGCCCUCCAGCCUCCCCCUCCCCCUCCACCUCCUCCACCACCUCACAGAGUUCAGCGUUUUCAAGUAUGGUGCAAGACCAGGGUGUGGCCACCAUGUUUGAGCUCUCCGUCCCUUUCCGCCAGCAGCACUUCCUGUCUGGCCUGCUGCUUGCUGAACUCUCUCUCCUCCUUGACCCUGAGGGAGAAGGGGUUUUCUUCCUUCAUAAAAAGGCCAUUAGUGCUGUUCACUCCCUGCUGUGCAGCCAUGAUGCAGACCCCCGUUACACUGACCCUCAGGUCAGAGCCCACAUCGCACAGCUCUACCUACCGCUCAUCCCCAUCGUCAUGGAGACCUUUCAUCAGCUCCACGACUUCUCUGACUCCUCGCCUGCUCGGUGCCGCCAUGCCUCAGCCCACGCCGACGAUACUGACCCAGACAGCGGCAACACUAUCAGUCAGUCUGUUGCCAUGGCGAUUGCCGGCUCCCCUUUGCCGCAUGUCAAAGCCAACCCGUUUGCGUUGCCCACAGUGGCCGGGCGCCAGUCCAGCUCUCUGUCCGCCGAGUGCAGCAGGACUCUGCUGGUGAGUUUCCUGUGGGUUCUGAAGAAUGCAGACGCUGCUCUCCUGGAGCGCUGGGUGUCCGAUUUAUCUGUACUGCAAAUCAACCGCCUGCUGGAUCUGCUGCAUCUCUGCAUCUCCUGCUUUGAAUACAAGGGGAAGAAGGCUCUGGAGAGGAUCAACAGCAUGACCUUUAAAAAGUCUCAGGACAUGAAGGCCCGACUGGAGGAGGCCAUCCUGGGCACCAUCGGGGCUCGUCAGGAGAUGGUCCGCCGCUGCAGAGAAAGGAGUCCCUACGGCAGCCAGGAGAACGUCAGGUGGAGGAAGAACGUCACUCACUGGAGACAAAACACAGACCGAGUCGACAAGACUAAAGCUGAGAUGGAGCAGGAGUCUGUGGUGGAUGGAAACUUAGCCACUGAGGCCUCUCUGAUCGUACUGGACACACUGGAGAUUGUAGUCAAGACGGUGGUGGCAUCAGAGCUAAAGGAAAGUGUUCUGGGUGGAGUGUUGAGAGUUCUCCUCCACAGCAUGGCCGGCAACCAGAGCGCCCUCUUCCUGCAGCACUGCUUCACUACAGAAAGAGCUCUGGUCUUCAAGUUCCCAGAGAUGCUGUUUGAAGAGGACACAGAGCUUUGUGCCGACCUGUGCCUCCGUCUGCUGCGUCACUGCAGCAGUAGUGUCGGCUCGGUCAGAAGCCACGCCUCCGCCUCUCUGUACCUGCUCAUGAGGCAGAACUUUGAAAUAGGAAACAACUUUGCUCGAGUGAAGAUGCAGGUCACAAUGUCCCUGUCAUCUCUGGUGGGAACGUCACAAAACUUCAAUGAGGAGCAUCUUCGUCGCUCGCUCAAGACCAUCCUGACGUACGCUGAAGAGGACCUGGAGCUGAGGGACACGCCCUUCCCAGAGCAGGUCCAGGAUCUGGUGUUCAACCUGCACAUGAUUCUCACUGACACUGUUAAGAUGAAAGAGCACCAGCAGGAUCCAGAGAUGCUCAUUGACCUCAUGUACAGGAUUGCAAAGGGCUACCAGAACUCCCCCGACCUGCGUCUGACGUGGCUCCAGAAUAUGGCAGGAAAACACUCGGCGAGAGGGAACCAUGCUGAAGCUGCACACUGUCUGGUCCACAGCGCAGCGCUGGUGGCAGAAUACCUCAACAUGCUGGAGGAUUGUCGCUACCUGCCAAUUGGUUGUGUGACGUUUCAGAAUAUUUCGUCCAACGUGUUGGAGGAGUCGGCCGUAUCCGAUGACGUCCUGUCUCCAGAGGAGGAGGGGAUCUGUGCUGGGAAGUACUUCAGCGAGUCUGGUCUGGUGGGCCUCCUGGAGCAAGCAGCUGCCUCUUUUAACAUGGCCGCCAUGUACGAGGCCAUAAACGAAGUGUACAAGAUUCUGCUGCCCAUCCAUGAGGCCAACAGAGACUUCAAAAAGCUGGCCACCGUCCACGGGAAGCUGCAGGAUGCCUUCAACAAAGUCUACAACCAGAGUUCAGGAUGGGAGAGAAUGUUUGGGACCUACUUCCGGGUCGGUUUCUACGGCUGCAGGUUUGGAGACCUGGAUGAACAAGAGUUUGUCUACAAGGAGCCAUCAAUCACCAAAUUAGCAGAGAUCUCCCACAGACUCGAGGAGUUCUACUCAGAGAGGUAUGGGGAUGAGAUGGUUGAAAUUAUCAAGGACUCCAGCCCAGUCGACAAAAACAAACUGGAUCCCAACAAGGCCUACCUCCAGAUCACCUACGUUGAGCCUUUCUUCGACACAUACGAGCUAAAGGAGAGAAUCACCUACUUUGACAAGAACUACAACCUGCGUACGUUCAUGUACUGUACUCCCUUCACUCUGGACGGCAGAGCCCACGGCGAUCUGAACGAGCAGUACAAACGCAAAAGCAUCCUCACGACAUCUCACGCCUUCCCUUACAUCAAGACACGCAUCAAUGUGAUCCACAAGGAGGAGAUCAUUCUGGUCCCGAUGGAGGUGGCCAUAGAGGACAUGCAGAAGAAGACUCAGGAGCUCGCCUUCGCUACAAACCAAGACCCUGCAGACGCCAAGAUGCUGCAGAUGGUGCUGCAGGGCUCUGUGGGCACCACAGUCAACCAGGGCCCCCUCGAGGUGGCGCAGGUCUUUCUCUCCGACAUUCCUGAUGAUCCAAAGAUGUUUCGCCAUCACAACAAACUGCGCCUCUGCUUUAAAGACUUCACUAAGAGGUGUGAGGAUGCCCUGAGGAAGAAUAAAGCCCUGAUUGGUCCAGAUCAGAAGGAGUACCACAGAGAGAUGGAGAGGAACUACAAUAAACUGAAAGAAGCUCUGGGUCCUCUCAUCAACCGCAAGAUCCCCCAGCUAUACAGAACCCUGCCAGCUCAGGCUACGCAAACACAGCGGAACUCCUUCAGUCGGUCCAGUCUCCGCAGAGUCGACUGUUGAGGAUCAGCAAACUGGAAAACAACUCAGAAAAAAAACAAGCUUUAUAAAUUAGCCACAUCUCAUCCCGUCUGCUCCCCCUCCCCCCCACUGAUUGGACACCAACUGUCACAAGCACACACGCACCAUCCUCUUCCUCGACUAGCUUGUUAUUUUAGCCAGCCCCGGCCACCCAGACACGCCAUAAUCCCCACCCACACACACACACACACACACACACACACACACACACACACACACACACACACACACACACACACACACACACACACACACACACACUUGUCACCUCUCUCCCCCGUCCCCACCGCUCUCACACCUCUGAAGGAGAAAACCCCGGCUGUUUAUUCUGGAAGGUUCAACAGCGACAUUCGGAGCAAGGCUCUGACAUGUCAGCGUUUUAAAGCAAGCUUUAAAGUGGUCUCCUCACAGUAAUCUCUCUGAGCUUGAUCGGGUUUUAACUUAAGUUUUUGCAGGACUAGAGCUGACAAACACAUUUUGUAUCCAAAUGGUUUUGGGGUGGGGGGGGGGGUUUGUUCAUGAGCUUAUCUGUUUUCCAUUUGCGUCUAUUUGCUUUUGAAGAGGCUUUAUCUGUCGAGGCCUUAUUUAAUUUGUAAGAGAUUUUUUUUCUUCUAAACUAUGCUUGGUAGUGGUCACUGCCAGACUCAGUUAUUAAAUAUUCCCAGGGAGUUUUCUUUUGUUAUCAACAGACCAAAUAACUGACAUUCCUUCUUCCUCAAGUUGUCACAUUUAUCUGCCCAUCUCUCUUUAUAAGAAUUCAUUAAAGAGCGGCGGUGGGAUCAUCUCCAGUCACAGUCCAGCAGGAAUGAAGUCCAGUUUAAGAAGGAAAAAGGAUUACUGGGUGGGGAGAACGGCUGGGUGGGAUGUUAAACUGUGGGUUGUUUUUUUAAACUGUGAAACUCUCCUUUUAAAGCACUGCAGUCCCGUCAUGUUCAUCACAGAAGCACUGCUGUCGUCUACCCUCACCACCCUGCAGUGCAGUCUGAUAGCUGAAUACAUUUUACAUUUCGUGUGGUAUAUGUCCUCUUUUGACUGCAUUUGAACUGCUGUCACUCCAGAUGUGUCCAACGCUCGGGUUGUGGCAGAUUCAUUGUAGCUAUUUCCUACUACUGUAUCUAUUAUAUUGCACUAUUGUAAACAAACUGCAGCACAUUAACAUUGUAACUACUAAAAUAUCUAUGCUUUUGUUGUUUUACGAGGCUGGAAACUGUUUUUUUUUUUUUUUUUUUACCAACUAGAUAAACAUUUUUUUAUUUAUUGUCUUUUUUACUGCCUUCUAUUAAAUUUCUCUUCAUACGCCUCUGGUCAGCUUUUCUUUGUGUGGGGCUACUGAGCAGAAGAAUAGAUUGCACUCAGUAUUUUAGAGUUUUGUGUUGACAAUAACUGAUGAUAUGCGAUAUUGUGUUCAGGAGUCAAUAGUGACUCUACUAAUGGUAUCACGUUGUGAUAUAGUAGGUCUGUGUAGUAUCUGUAAUGCUGGAUGACAAUAAUAAUAAUACAUAAGGGACUUGCAUUUAGAUUUAUUAUUUAUUUUAUAGUAGGUCCUUUUACUAAAAGUUCUAUUUUAUUUGUGUUACAUGGUUAUAAAGACAAGACAAAGAUGGAUGUGAUCCAGAUGUCCUUCCUUGUCCACACCAUUAGUCUUCAUUUCCUGUGGCGAUAUGAUGAUCCAGGUUCUAACCUCCAAUGUUGGUCUUAUUUACCAGAAUGUAGUUUAUAUUCAGGUAAAUCCUGAAGACCUGGGACGGCUGGAGGUUUUCAACUUAACAAGAUCACUCACUACUCUACUGUAGUUUAGUUGUAAUGAAUUAAGUUCAAGUAAGGUAAA